GGCGUGUGAGGACCUCGCGGUGCAUGGUUUGGAGACAGGUCGAAGAAUUACUUUGAAACCACAAUAAAAACACUCUGGAUUAAAUACAAGACUGCAGUUUGCAAACAGAGCUCGUCACCAUGGAGACAGAUCUUUAUGAUGAGUUUGGUAACUACAUCGGACCAGAACUGGACUCUGAUGAAGAUGAGGAAUUAGAUGCAGAGGAUCGAGAGGCUGAUGAGGCAGAUGAGGAAGAUGAUGAGGAAGACCAGGCUGAUGGUGAUGAGGACGUUGGUGGUAUGGAGGUGGUUCUACAUGAGGAUAAAAAAUAUUAUCCUACAGCCGAAGAGGUUUAUGGUCCUGAAGUGGAGACCAUCGUCCAAGAGGAAGACACACAGCCACUUACAGAGCCCAUCAUAAAACCUGUAAAGACAAAGCAGUUUACUUUGAUGGAGCAGGAGCUUCCAGCCACAGUCUAUGACAUGGAGUUUCUAGCUGAUUUGAUGGACAGCCCAGAGCUGAUCAGAAAUGUCACUUUAUGUGGACACUUGCACCAUGGCAAGACCUGCUUUGUGGACUGCCUUAUUGAACAGACUCAUCCUGAAAUACGCAAGCGAUAUGAUGCUGAUUUACGGUACACAGAUAUCCUUUUCACAGAGCAAGAGAGAGGAGUUGGCAUCAAGAGUACUCCUGUUACUAUGGUGCUGCCUGAUUCACGGGACAAAUCUUACCUAUUCAACAUCAUGGACACACCAGGUCAUGUGAAUUUCUCUGAUGAGGUGACCUCUGCAGUCAGACUGUCCGAUGGCAUUGUGCUUUUUAUCGAUGCAGCUGAGGGGGUGAUGCUGAACACUGAGCGACUGAUCAAACACGCGGUGCAGGAGAGGUUGGCCAUCACCAUCUGUAUUAAUAAAGUGGAUCGUCUGAUUGUGGAGCUCAAGCUGCCCCCUACUGAUGCCUACUACAAACUGCGCCACAUUGUGGAUGAGGUCAACGGCUUGCUAAGCACAUACUCCACAGAUGAGUCUCUGAUUGUGUCUCCUCUUCUGGGGAACGUGUGUUUCGCCUCCUCACAGUACAGCAUCUGCUUCACACUAGGCUCCUUUGCUAAAAUCUAUUCAGACACCUAUGGUGACAUCAACUACACAGAGUUUGCUAAGAGACUGUGGGGAGACAUUUACUUCAACCCUAAAACGAGGAAAUUCACAAAGAAAGCCCCCAACAGCAACUCUCAGCGCAGCUUUGUUGAGUUUGUACUGGAGCCGCUGUAUAAGAUUCUCUCACAGGUGGUGGGUGAUGUGGACACGUCUCUACCACGUGUCUUAGAUGAGCUCGGUAUUCAUCUGACCAAAGAGGAGUUAAAGCUCAAUAUCAGGCCUCUGCUGCGCCUUGUCUGUAACCGCUUCUUUGGGGAGUUUACAGGCUUUGUGGACAUGUGUGUGCAACACAUACCGUCUCCUCAGGGUGGCGCCAAAGCCAAGAUAGAACACAGCUACACAGGUGGACUAGACUCAGACCUCGGAGAGACAAUGGCUGAGUGUGACCCUGAUGGUCCAUUGAUGUGUCACACCACCAAGAUGUACAGCACAGAUGACGGGGUUCAGUUCCAUGCAUUCGGACGAGUCCUGAGUGGAACCCUGCAGGCGGGCCAGCCGGUAAAGGUACUGGGAGAGAAUUACACCCUGGAGGAUGAGGAGGACUCACAGAUCUGCACUGUCGGGCGCCUGUGGAUCUCUGUUGCCAGAUAUCAGAUCGAGGUGAAUCGUGUUCCUGCUGGUAACUGGGUGCUGAUCGAGGGAUGCGACCAGCCUAUCGUUAAAACGGCCACAAUCACUGAGCCCCGUGGAAAUGAAGAGGCUCAGAUCUUCAGGCCGUUAAAGUUUAACACGGCAUCAGUGAUCAAGAUCGCUGUGGAGCCGGUUAAUCCCUCUGAACUGCCCAAGAUGUUGGAUGGACUCCGAAAAGUCAACAAAAGUUAUCCUUCACUCACAACAAAGGUAGAAGAAUCGGGAGAACAUGUGAUUCUUGGCACCGGUGAGCUGUACCUGGACUGUGUGAUGCAUGACCUGCGGAAAAUGUACUCUGAGAUCGAUAUCAAGGUUGCAGAUCCGGUGGUUACCUUCUGUGAGACUGUGGUGGAGACCUCCUCCCUGAAGUGUUUUGCUGAAACACCCAAUAAAAAGAAUAAGAUAACUAUGAUUGCUGAGCCAUUGGAGAAGGGUCUGGCUGAAGACAUUGAGAACGAAGUGGUGCAAAUCACAUGGAACAGGAAAAAGUUGGGAGAGUUUUUCCAGACAAAGUAUGACUGGGAUUUGCUGGCAGCUCGUUCCAUUUGGGCUUUUGGACCAGAUACGACUGGGCCCAACAUCUUAGUAGAUGACACUUUGCCCUCUGAGGUAGAUAAAGCUCUUCUCGGCUCAGUGAAGGACAGCAUUGUACAGGGCUUCCAGUGGGGCACACGAGAGGGUCCUUUAUGUGAUGAGCCAAUCCGGAAUGUGAAGUUUAAGAUCCUGGACGCUGUGAUUGCACAGGAACCGUUGCACAGAGGAGGAGGACAGGUCAUCCCUACAGCUCGCAGAGUCGUCUACUCUGCCUUCCUCAUGGCCACGCCCAGGCUGAUGGAGCCCUAUUACUUUGUAGAGGUUCAGGCUCCUGCUGACUGUGUUUCUGCUGUCUACACUGUGCUUGCACGCAGAAGAGGUCAUGUAACACAGGAUGCCCCCAUCCCAGGCUCUCCUCUCUACACCAUCAAGGCUUUCAUUCCUGCUAUUGACUCGUUUGGCUUUGAGACUGAUCUUCGCACACACACACAGGGCCAGGUCUUCGCCCUUAGUGUGUUCCACCACUGGCAGAUUGUUCCGGGUGAUCCUCUGGAUAAGAGCAUUGUGAUUCGUCCUCUAGAGCCUCAGCCAGCCCCUCAUCUGGCCAGAGAGUUCAUGAUUAAAACCCGCAGGCGCAAGGGAUUGAGUGAGGAUGUCAGUAUCAGCAAGUUCUUCGAUGACCCUAUGUUGUUGGAGCUGGCCAAACAGGAUGUGGUCCUCAACUAUCCGAUGUGAUGAGUCAAAUGAACUUAACUCUUUCCUUUGCCCCCAAAAUUCACCUGAUUUCUCCUACUUUGAAAAGGAGGUUUCAAUUCCAGUUCUGUGUGUUGGAAUAAAAAAACAGGUUUGUUUUAUGUAAACCACAAGAAACUCAUAACAUCAGUUCUGAUCCCUGUUGCGAUUACCCCUCAGAAAUUAACCUUGAGUCUCUCUUACAGUCUUGGUCUGUUUACUUUUUAUAUUUUACAAACAUUUUGUAGUAUAAAAUGAUGCAAAGGACAGGCAAGUCUUUCUGAAAUCUCUGUAAAAUCUUACAUUUGUGUAAGUGUGAUUAAAAUAAUUUGGCCUGUCCAUCUGUGUCUGAGUUCAUUAUAAAUGUAUUCUUUAUGAUGCUUUAGUUCAUUGUCUGUGAGAAGGGAAUAUCCAUUGUAGUUUAUAAAGGCUGAAGUGCUGAUGACACUUCUAUGUGAAAGACUGUGUUUUCAAUAUUUAGUGUAAUAUACUCAAACUUAAGUGAAUUUUGAACACCAGGAUUUAUUAUAACUAGUCUUUUUUUAACUCUUGUUUUGAUCUGUCCCCCCUAAAAGACUUGACUUUCUUGAUUUAAUCCAACAAUUAAAAUAAUACAAUGCAACUGUCAUAAUUUUGAAGUUACAGUACAUUACAUUUGUUGUAGUGAAAACCUUUUUUUUUAAUUAUAAUUUUCAAUUAUCAAAAGUGUAAUUUGUUCUGGGUACCACUUGUUUAAAUUUUUUGUUUCAGACCCUAUUUUUGACCCUAUUUGUGGAAAACGAUGAUGAUAAUAAUAAUAAAAAAAACUUCAUGAAUGUACCGAAAGCUUGUAAAAGCAAAAUAUAUUUGAUCAACAUGGCCAAAAAUAGGACGGGGAUAAAAAUUCUGAAGAAAAUUAAUUUACAUUUUGAACUUGAAUGCCAUAUUUUCUGAAAUGUAUCUAAUCAACAAAGUAGCUAACAUGAAGAUUCUGUGUGUCACAAGGAAUGAUUUUAAUUUAUAGAUGCAGUGUUUGUAUGCAUGUGUCUCUGGGUAAAA